AUGCAAUUUCAAUUGGUAACAAAUUCAAGCCUAUAUAUUAAAAUUAUCUAUUAACUAUAUUUCAUUGGUAGUCCUGUAUAUUGUCGAUGAUCUUUUGACAGUUGUCAUCUUUCUAUUGCAAAGGUAAUAAUUUCGAAGACGCCAUUGUUACCUAUAGUUUAUAUGGCUAUUGGACGGUUCCUUCGCAGGAACCUUGUGAGCAUAGCAUUCCCCACUGUUAGUUUUUCAUUAAUUUUCCUGGACUGGAAUUACACUAGGAAGUGGAAAGCUGAACAGUUAAAGAAAUAAAAUGGCUAUAUUUGGCAUAACUACACGGUACCUCUGGAUCAGUGUUCCCCUAACUGGAUUCUUUAUUGGGAAGUAUCUUGACGAUCAGGAAACUCUUAGAAUGACAAACUUCAGAGAUAAAUCUGCAUUGUAUGGUGGUAGACUGAAGGAGGGUGAUCCACCAUCAUGGCCUUGAAUUAUAUUUUGUUUUAUAAUACAAUGUAGUAGACUAAUGUUGUUUCAAUAAAUUAUUCAAAUUCUAGUA